AAGGUGAUCAUCAGAAGCCUUCCGCUUCCGUUAACGGCAGCUUCCUCCACGUAUGCGAGUGUUAUCAGUGUCUGGAGAGAGGCAAUGCUCGGGAUGGACGGUCUGCUUUCUGGGAACCCGGUUCUGAUAUCGAACGGGUCGCUUUUUCUCGCGUUUUCCUCAUGCGAUAAUUUGUUCCCGCCGGGAGGAAGCUGUACUAUUGGCCGGGAAAUGAUCACGGAUCAACCUGAAGGGAUUCGAUGGUGCACUAUUAGUCUCCGAGUAGCCUGUCUGCGGUUGCGCGGACUCCAGUUUUGCGAAGUGAAGGCGGGGAAUACAGCGUGCGAUGGCUGUCUUCAGGUAAUGACAAGGACUCGAGAUAUUGGUUUGGUACAUCAGAAAACCACAUUCUGGGUUAUGUUGAUGAUCAAGGGAGCAUUACCCAGUUCCGGAUUCUUUAUUCUGUUAACAGCAAGGCCCAUGUAGGUGGCCACGGUGCAACUGUAUGUACGGAGUACAUAGAUGGAGGAGAUCAUGAACUGCCAUAUUGCUCAGAAGCAAACCCUCCUUCUAACAGCAUUUCAUUAUAGUCUAAAUAAGUUGAGCAUAAUUACAAAAAUGAGACUGUAACUA